UGGCAGUUCAUGAAUUUCAUGAUCAAAAUAAUGACGUUUUCUUCCUAAACAUAACCUCGAAUCUCGAAUUUACUAUUUAGUAAUUAUGUUAUUAUUAUUAUUUGCUGACUAGGUAAUAAGUACAAAUUUCUUUAAUCAAAAAUGAUGAAAAAAAGGCACAAGUAUAAAUAUCAGAAAUGUGAUGAUGAAAGUGAAGAAGAAACAGAAUUAUUUGUUAAACCGAGGACGCCCAGAAAGGAAAUUCCUACCGUUGAAAAAACAGUUCAAGAAGGAGACACCUUACAGUCCUUAGCUAUUCGGUAUUGCUGUACUAUUGAAGACAUCAAGCGGCUAAAUAACAUACACAAGGAAAAUGAAAUAUAUGCAAGGAACACUAUUAAAGUACCAGUUAAACCAUUCUCAGAAGCUUUAGCUCCAGUUCACAUAAGUGGUUCUACAACACCUGAGAAUAAACUGAUUGACAUUGAAUCUCCCAAAAUCAAUGUGAUUGAUCUCAAUUUAAAAAUAGAAGAAAAAUCCGCUACACCCAAACCAGAGGUGAAUGAGAUUAUAUUCAACAGCCAAAUUGCACAGAAAUCCACUGAUGCUAACUUGGAUGAAGUUGAUGUAAUAGAUGAUGAGCAAGUGCAGCUCCUACCAACUAAAUCAUCUGACUUUGUAGGAACAUUGUUGAAUUGUAAUGGAACUGAUGGAGACAUUUCUUUUGUUGGAUUAAUUAUUUUUAUUGUAGUUUUAAUAUUUGCUGUUCCCUUAAUUUAUGUAUUUUAUAUAGCAGAACACCUUGAGAAUUAUCAUCACCACCAAACAUGAUACUCUUCAUUUUUUUAAUGAUUGUGAUACCAGAAAAAUAGAGGUGUAGUGUUUUCAAUCAGUACUAAAUCUGAACAUAAAAUGUAUAAAUUCAUGGACUAUAGGCAUGGCGAUGCUUAAAAAUAUUUAAAUUGAGUUUUUCAUUGUUGAAAAUAUGUUUACUUUAUCAGGUUGUUAUUUAUAUUUAUUCAUGUUUAUUUAAUGUAUUGAUCAUCUUUUAUAUAUGGAACCAGUGAAAAUUGAACUAUUUUUACAAAAUAUAUAUAUGAGAAAUA